UCACAACUGCGUUUCAAUGUGCAAGCAUCAGUACGUACUAUAUCAGAUACUGCUACGUGCGCUACUGAACUGGUGCUGUUCAAAUGUAGACCUGGGCCUUCCGACGGACUCAUUAUCGAAGACAGGCCAGGAGGAUGCCCGAAUUGCCAUUGAACACUCAAAAAUCAUAUAAUGUUCCUAUCAGCUUCUGUUCAGUAGAUAUGUUGUCCCGCGAGACAAUGACAGGAUCGGACUCUUAUAUUUCCCUAAAACUUGGACGCACAUUUUUCCCGUGGACUCGUAUUCAGCAUCCCUUCUACAUUUUGCUUUCUUGUGUUCCUCCAGUAUCGCCGGAGAAUUGUUUUAUAAUGCUAUUUCGUUUGCUCGCAGACAUGUCCGACGCCGGAAGAAGACUUCGGAAACGUUUGUUGUCACGUUCAAUUUUCGCGGUAAGGCGUGGUUCAAGCGAGGAGGGCAGUCUCCGACGGGCAUUUCGAAUUUCUUCGAUGAAGUUGUUAUGGGCGCAGGUGGAAGCAAACAAACGUGGGCGUGUUCCCAUCCGCGGACUUCAAUGGUUUCAAUUCCUUGCUGGCCGAAGCAACGAUUUUCUUAAUAGUGGAACCUGAACAGCCUUUUAAGGACAAAUAACUCGUGAAUCAUCUGCCCGAGUCACCUUGUCACUGCUUUCUAUCCAUUCACGAAUGCUCCAAAGUUCUGCUUCUAGACUACAUAACAUGAUCCCCAAUUAAUGUUGAUAAUUCCACGAGACUGUUUUCUCAACGUGUCCAAACGGUGAAUGAAGAACCCUUUCUUUGGGCCUCGAAUUCAAUUCUCGCCCAUAAAUUUGCAUUGAUAUGAGGAGUGGCCCACCCUCCGAAGAAAAGUCGAACGACUGGAAGUAGAUUCAUGCAGGCCCAUCUGCCACACGGCGCAGGGCUGUUGAUGUUCAGACGCUGAUUGCGCAGUAAAGGUGGAUCAAGACAUUAAGUCCAGAAGUUAUACGGCCCUGCAUAUGUCUGAGUGCAUGGAAUUCUUGUUCCUAUUGGGUAUUCGUAACUCGAACCCGCUGCCUCAGAAUCACGAAGAAUCCGGCAAUGAUAUGUGGAAAUUUGGCUCGGGAUAAAUACGAAAGUGCCUCAUGCGCCGAGUUUUGUUUGUUAUCGGCUUUAAUAUUGCUGAACUGUGAGUUUAUAGGACGCUCCGACGUGAAAUGAUUGUGAGGACGGCGGAGAUUAG